AUGGAGGACGGUGUGGAUAAAAAUGUGAUCAAAAUCAGAUUGAGACAGUUGAAUUCGUCACAAAAUUCUAUUCAGACGAUGUCAAUGUGGAUUUGCCAUCACCAUCAGGAAGCUGGAUCGUUUGCGGACUGUUGGCUAGAGGUUUGUGAUUUGUUUUAUGUUUUUCUUGGUUUUAGGAAGUGUUUUAAUGUUUUUAAUGCUUGUUAUAAGGAUAUGGACUUGUUUAUUGUAAAAUACGGUGUGUUGGGAGUAUUUUGAUAGACGAACCUAGAAAGUAUUUGAUUUUGUGAAUAUAAGUCGCCUUUUUGACAUAAAAUGACUUGCAUUAUGAGCUUUAACAUUUCAGGAGCUCACAACUCGCAAAUCUACGGGUGAUUGGUGUAAAGCCAUGUUCUAUUUGGUGAACGAUGUUGUUCAGAACUGUCGAAAGGACAAAAAACAUGUUUGUGAAGAGUUUUACCCAUUUCUUCGUUCAGCAGUUGAGAAGUUAGGAAGAAGACAGAUAGAUAAAUGGGAGAAGGUUAUUGCUUCAGUUUAUCGUGUUAUUGACAUUCUCAAGGAGCGAGCUGUUUAUACACUAGAUCAAAUCAAGGAACUCAAGUCUGUUAUCAACUGGAGGCCGGCUGAUGGAGCACAAACUCCGUCAAGUGUCAGUAGCAGUUCAACGAGUCCAGUGAAGCCUGUAAAACGUGAGGAAAAGGUACGGAAGUAUUAAAUCUUGUUAAUUUUUUGAUUUUAGGGUUUGGAUGAUGAAACAAAUAUUAAUUUUCUUACUUCUAGCCAGAGAUGAGUAUUGAACACAAGAAAGCGCGUCGAAAGAAGAUCUUCGAAGAUGUAGAAACAUCGUUGAAAGUUCUACUGAAUCCAGCUAGCACAGAUUCUGCUGUUAGGUAAGCUAAUAUGUCUAUUUACUCUUGGUUAUACUUUUUCCUUUCUUUGUUUUGUGCUGUAUUUAUUUUUUUUGUAAAACUAUGAUUUUUUCUACUUUAAAAUAAUGUAAUUUUUUGUUUAUAGGCAAAAGAUAGCAACGUACUCAGAAACUAUUGCGGAUACGAGGAAACAAGCAGAACCAAAGACAGUUCAAGAAGCAAAUGAUGUUUAUGCCCAAGCAAAUGAAGCUCUUCCUUUAGUAAAAGGUUAUGCGCAAAGGUAAGUUAUUGUAGUUUGGUUACGUUUAGAUUAUUCAUUUAUUCUUUAAGGAUUAAGUACGGUUUUAUGUGGAGUUGAUGUAUAUAGAUUGCAACGUAAUUUUAUCACAUUUUAGGGUCAAAGCAGAGUUAAGUCAGAUCAGAGAAGCACAAAAACGAAUGGAUUCGUUGUCUGAUUUUAUGAAGACAGAAAUCGAAAGAGACAAAGACAUUCUGGAGCUAGCACGUUCAUGUUUAGACGGAUUACACAAGAAAAAAGCAAAGGUCGGUUUUUUUUAAAUCCUGAAUUUUAACAUUUGACAUUUUAAAAGAUACUUUUAUUAUUUAAAGUAAAUUUAUUAUUUUAUAACAAUGGUUUAAGACCAAAAUAACCUUUGUUAAAUUUCAGAUCGAAUCAGCACGAAGCAAACUUCUGGCCUCGUCAGAGCCAAAUCCUGGAGUUUUGCCUGAGAUCGAAGGUGACCUCUGA